UUCGAUGGGUUUUUUCCAAACUGGUCACGCUACGAACAAAAGCAAAAGCAAUUCGGAGAUUUCAUUAAAUUUUCACUUGUGAAUAAAACGCGGAAAAACACUUGGAAAACAGAAGAACAGAGCUUAAAAAAGCGGUACACAGCGAAAGUGAAGUGCGAAACGCAAACUAAACGUGUUAACAGCGAGUUUUCUACGCCGCGAACGCCGAGAGAGCUGUAAAAUUGUUAAGGCUGCGCUGGUCACUAUAUGUCCAGGCCGCGUUCAUCCGCCAAAGCCGUGCAGUUCAAGCACGAAUCGGAGGAAGAGGAGGACGACGAGGAGGAGCAGCUGCCUUCCAGGAGGAUGCACUCGUUCGGGGACGCGGGCGCCAUCGGGAGCGGGGUGCCGGCCUUCUUGGCCAAACUGUGGCGCCUCGUCGACGACGCCGAUACCAAUCGCUUGAUCUGCUGGACCAAGGAUGGCCAAAGUUUUGUUAUACAAAAUCAGGCGCAAUUCGCCAAGGAAUUGCUGCCCCUGAACUACAAGCACAACAACAUGGCCAGCUUCAUCAGACAACUGAAUAUGUAUGGUUUCCACAAGAUCACCUCCAUUGACAACGGAGGCCUGCGCUUCGAUCGCGACGAGAUUGAGUUCUCACAUCCCUUCUUCAAGCGCAACUCCCCGUAUUUACUGGACCAAAUCAAAAGGAAGAUAUCGAAUAACAAAAACGGGGACGACAAGAGUGUGCUGAAGCAGGAGGCCGUGUCGAAGAUCCUCAGCGAUGUGAAGGUGAUGCGCGGACGCCAGGACAACCUGGACUCGCGUUUCUCCGCCAUGAAGCAGGAAAACGAGGUGCUGUGGCGCGAGAUAGCCAGCCUGCGUCAGAAGCACGCCAAGCAGCAGCAGAUAGUCAACAAACUGAUCCAGUUCCUAAUCUCCAUCGUGCAACCGUCGCGCAACAUGUCCGGCGUCAAGCGCCACAUGCAGCUGAUGAUCAACGACACGCCGGAGAACGAUCGUGCUCGCAGCACCAGCGAGACGGAGAGCGAGGGCGGCGGCGGCCCGGUCAUCCACGAGCUCAGCGAGGAGCUGCUCGACGAGGUGAUGAAUCCUUCGCCGACUAACUACGCUGCAGCUUCGCAGUACGACCAGGAGAGCGUCUCCCCGCUGGCCGUCGAGCGGCCGCGUUCGAAUAUAAGCAUUAGCUCGCACAACGUCGACUAUUCGAAUCAGAGCGUCGAGGACUUGCUGCUCCAGGGCAAUGGAACUGCUGGCGGUAAUCUUCUGGUCGGAGGAGCAGCCUCUCCGCUCGCCUCCAGUGUGAGCAGUCAGUCGCCGGCCCAGCAAGUUGUCUACACGGUCACCGAGGCCCCCGACUCGCAUGUCCAGGAGGUGCCCAACAGUCCGCCGUAUCACGAAGAGCAGAACGUCCUCACCACGCCCAUGGUGCGGGAGCAGGAGCAGAAGCGUCAGCAGCUCAAGGAGCAGAACAAGCUGCGACGACGCGCAGGAGAAGUAACCAUCGAUGCCGCCCCAAUUCUGGUGGAAGAGGGCGGUCCUAAGGUGCAGCGCAAGAGCAACCAGGGAAUGGUUCAGCCAAUGAUUAUCAAGGCCGAGCCGGAGAACAACUCUGGAAUAAUGGAGCUUAUAAAUCCCUCAAACUCUGAUCUGUACAAUGUAAACUUUAUCAGUGAAGAUAUGCCUACGGAUAUAUUCGAAGACUCUUCUUUGCUGCCUGCUGGCGUGGAGGAGGCAGCCAAGCUGGAUCAGCAGCAGAAAUUCGGGCAAUCUACAGUGAGCAGCGGCAAGUUUGCCAGCAAUUUCGAUGUGCCCACCAAUAGUUCUUUGUUGGAUGCAAAUCAGGCCUCGACAUCGAAGGCUGCAGCCAAGGCACAGGCCAAUGAGGAGGAGGCGGCGGCCUUGGCUGUGGCCAAGUACACGGGCAGCGAGAACGGAGCUACGCGAGAUCUCAACAACGGUCAGCUCCUCAGGAUCCCCUCAGUUGACGAUCUCCAUGGGCACUUGGACAACAUGCAAGAUGAGCUGGAAACUCUGAAGGAUCUGUUGCGUGGCGACGGGGUGGCCAUUGAUCAAAACAUGCUUCUGGGUCUCUUUAAUGACUCGGAUCUGAUGGACAACUACGGCUUAUCUUUUCCCAAUGACAGCCUAAGCAGUGAAAAGAAGGCACCCAGUGGCUCAGAACUGAUUUCCUAUCAGCCCAUGUACGAUCUGUCCGACAUUCUGGACACGGACGAUGGCAACAAGGAUCAGGAGGCCAACAGACGCCAGCAGCUGCAGACGCAGAACUCGGUGUUGAAUACGCCACGUCACGAGUUGUAACUUAUAUUAAGUAGUAGCAGCGAACAAUUUGUUUCUAGCUUUUAAUUGAAUCAAUCUUUUACGUGUUAAUUUUCUUCACUUACUCUGUCUAACCUUUUAGUUGAUUCAUACCUAUAAUCAUGCUACUUUUAAUCACCGUAAUCAUAUUAAUGAUGCUGUAUAUGCCUUAUGCACUAUAUAUAUGAUAUAUAGACUAACCAGUUCUUGUUGUAGAAAGACUCGAAGAAUCAGUUAAUAUUUAGAUGUAUUUUGUAUCCGGGGAUUUUGAGGGCCUCGGCUCAGGUAGAAGAUUUUUAGUUUGCACUAACCGAUCGAGAGGGAUGAACGCUGCU